GCCGUGGUAAGCAGUUGAAGACACGAAAAUCAAAGGGACCGACCUUACGACAGCAGGUGUCGCAUCUGUGGCAACACUGGCAACACUGUUGUGAUGUUCUGUGUCACUUCUCUAGUCUCUGUCUGUUUUAACCUAAAAUUUAGAGAAAGAAGCGAUUCAUUUUAUUUCAGUUUAGCUCAAUUUUACUUUAUAAAGACGUAAUGUUAGCGGUUCAGCAAACUAACGAUGCUGGAAUACCAGAUAAAAUGUGGCAGCCUCCCUAUGUGCAGUUUGAUACAACCAUGGGCGAAUUUUUAAUAGAACUGUACUGGAAACAUGCACCACAAACAUGCAGAAACUUUGCAGAGCUUGCUCGCCGUGGAUAUUACAACAACACAGUAUUCCAUAGAAUUAUCAGAGACUUUAUGAUACAAGGUGGUGACCCUACAGGUACAGGAAAGGGGGGCCUAUCCAUCUAUGGGCCUACCUUCAAAGAUGAAAUACAUCCAGAAUUGAAGCAUAGUGGAGCUGGUAUAUUAUCUAUGGCAAAUUCUGGUCCAGAUACAAAUGGCUCACAGUUUUUCAUAACUCUUGCUCCCACACAAUGGUUAGAUGGAAAACAUGCAAUUUUUGCAAGAGUUCAUUCUGGAAUGAAUGUCAUUAAGAGGAUAGGGCUUGUAGAAACUGAUAGGAAUGACAGGCCUGUUGAUGAAAUAAGAAUCCUUCGAGGAAAGGUUCUAAAAAGUCUGUGAUAUCUCUUAUCCUUAUGUUUUAUUGAAAUAUUAUACCAAGAUACAAAUGAAUAAACGAUUAUACCGGGUGGUAGGGAAAUAAUAUUCGUAACUUUAAGAGGUGAUUCCUUGCAUUAUUCUAAGCAAAAAAGUUCAUUAUAACAUGUCCGAGAAACAAUCGUUUUCGAUGAAAGUGAGUCGUAAAUAAUUAAAUUUUCUCAAACAUUUGGCAACGCAACCGCGAUACGAGCGCACGACGACCGCAACUGAUUCAUCGAAUUGUUUACGUUUGUAUGAUAUUUUUGUUGAAAAUAUGCCUUGAAUUAUUGAAUACUUUUAGGCAAUUUUUGUGGCUAAUAUUUUUUAUUUAAUAACGCUUUCAGUACAGUAUAUUUACCUGAAAAAAAUGACAGAACUUAUCGGUACAUGGCCAUACACACCACCAAUUCCCACGAUCAUCAGUCACUUAUUUAAAACGAUGCGAUGCACGAAAAAAGAAAAAACCAACAUCCGUAAAUCACAUAAAGUUACAAUUAAAUGUAUUAGCAAUAGCAACAACACGCGAUGAUAGUCAUGUAUCGUUCGCGAACGAGUCGUUCAAAAUGAACGACUCAUCUAAGUGAGCGACGAUUGAACGACUCUUAUUACAUAUGGCUCGUUCAAUUGCAAAGCGUGUCUGCAGUAUGCAGCAACUGAACUGCGAACUGACAACGUGGUAACAGUACAGACAUUAUCUAGGGAAGCCAAUUGUUUUGUUUCGAGGUAUCUCAUUAAAUUAAAGAUGGGAUUUGAGGGCAAAAAUUGCAUUUUGAUCCAGGAUUCGGUAAUUCCUCAAAACCGGACCACAUAACCCUUCUUUUUUUGGAAGACAGUUUACAUUCGUUAUAUUCAAUUUCAACCAAAAAUAUUAAUACUUAAAUAAAUACAAUAACAUCGGCAACUCCAACCUUUAACCCUUUGGAGUCGGAUUUAUUUUUCUUAUACUUGUGAUAUAUCUGAGGUCAGAUUUUAUGUAAAUGUGGAUACUAUAUCAAGAAAUGAUAAUUUUAUUAAUGUAGGGUACGCCCUUUUUACGCUAAGGGCCGGGACAUAUUUGUCCCACUAGACAUUUUAGGUGGGGCAUAUAAAACCCAGUAGUCUUGAAAACAAUUGUAUUUCCAUUGAAAUUAUAUUGAACAACAUGUGAAAUAUUAUUGCAAAUGGUAAGGAGUGAAGCAAUUUUUGCAUAGAGGUUUAUUGCACAUUUGACACAAUGUUUUUGUUCUUACUUCCUUUUGCAUCUGUGCGCAUCUGCAGCAGCGACGUCUUGUGGGUCCCUCAAUAGGUAAAUGAUCGCCCACAUUUUGAAGUUUUCGUUUUUUGAACUUUGUCUCCCUAAAGAUGUUGCUGAUUUUCUCUUUACACUUGCCCCACUUCUUCCAACGCAAUCAAAUCUUCUGCUAUUGUAAUUAGGAAUGGUAGGAAUGAAGUUUGUGUGCGUCUUACAUCAUCGUAGAGAAUAUGAGCGUUUCUUGCAGCUAUCAUAAGGAGUUUGAAAAACACUUUUUUCCACCACUUAUUUGAUCUUCUGUCGAAGUCGUAUAAGCCAGCAUAUUGAUCGGUUAAAUCUACUCCUCCCAUAUGGUCAUUGUAGAACUUCAACAUUGUCGGCCUGGAGAAUUCUUUCUUGGUACCAUCUUUCAUGGUUCGUGUUACUAGAGUAGUUUCAUCAGAGAAGCAGUUACUGAUCGCCAACACUUCUUUCGUGUCUUGCCAUCUGCAAACUAUUGUACCAUUUUUAUUGAACUGAAAUUGAGUUUCUCCUCGUUCCAGGUUUCCAGAAAAUUUGGGAACAUUUUUACGAUUUCUCAUCAGAGUUCCGACAGCAGGAAACUUGAUAGUAUCAAGUAAGUGCACAGAUGAGAAAAACCUGUCAAAUGUCAAUACGACAUUCGUUAUUUUGAUACUGUCUGAUAAUUUGAGAACAACUCUUUCGCCAAGUGUCCCUUCAAAGGCGUUCACUUCUUUACCUGCAUAAAUAUUUAGAUCAUACACAUAUCCUGUUUUGAAUCUGAGCGAACCCAAAUUUUUAUGCCACGUUUUAUAGGCAUCAGUGGUAAGUACUGUUUCAAGGAAGACCUCCCUUUGAAUUUUGUCAUUGACUCGUCAAUACUUUGAAAAGUGGAGUCAGAACGAUAUUUGUUGAAUGUGUGUUUGAGGCAGUUGACAACUUCUUCGAUAUAAUAUAACUUUCCUGCAUCGGUAGGCUUCUCAGGGUUGUUGUAAUACAUUUUUGAUAAUAAUAAUUUGCAGCGAUCUCUGGAUAUAGCCUUCUUUAUGGCGGUGUUGCCCAAAGAGUCAUUAUUGGACCAGUAAUUAUUGAAUCCAGGAACACGAUUGUAGCACAUUACAAGAGAAACUCCCAAUAAAAUCAUUAUUUCAUGAUAAUCUGUUCCAAUGCUCUUUUUCUUGGUAACCUUCUCGAAUAUUUUCAAUCUGGCAUUUGUGUAUUUAGCAAUCUGCAUGAGUAGGCUUCUAGGAAAAAUCUUCAAGAAAAAUUCGACUUGCUUCAUUUGUCUCAGCAGGCAAGAAGUAGCUGCUGCUUCGUCAGGUAUACAGAAUCUUGGAGAAAAUUGUUGACUGCUGCUACCCCAAAAUACUACUCCAUCUGGUGCCACUACGUUUUCAGUUUCGAUUGCCUCAUUACCUUCUUGACUAAUUUCAUCAUCAUUGUUUAUAACAUCAGCGAUAAUUUCAUCAUCUUCGUUAUUGUCGCUUUCUGAGGAACAAUAAUUCUCAUCAUCUUCGCUAUUGUCGCUCUCUGAGGGACAAUAAUUUUCAUCUGAUGAGUCUUCACAAUGAAAUGGGUCAUAAUCGUCAUCACUCAAGCCAUCUUCCAUAAUUCUAUCAACUUCUUCUUCAAGUUCUCUUUGUGUCAGUAUUCUUUUACUCAUUGUUGUACAGAACCACCGGGACAAAUGUGUCCCGUUUAAAAUGCCUGCUGGGACCCAGGUGUCCCACAGUGUAAAGUACUGAGAUUCAACAGAUUUUAUAAGUACACGAUCAUUGAAAACUAGAGCAUUGCUUAUUACUAGCCUUAGAGAGCAGAUACAUUACAGUUAGGGCAAUAGUACACUUGCAAAUACUUCAGAAUAUAGUAGAACGCAAAGCACGUGUUGGCUGAACGGACUUCACCGAUAAACUGUGAGGUUAUGUGACUACUUGUCAACAAACACUUAUAUAGUGUGUGUUCGGAGACUGGUAUAUUUAUGUAUAAUGGUAAAACGGGAUCUAUUUGUACCACUAGGCGCACAUAAUACAUGAAUGGGACACGUAUGUCCCGAUAGACUCCAAAGGGUUAAUUUCAUUUUCAUAGCAUGAUGUAUAUUCUCUGACUCAGUGAGUCGUUACUAUAGGCAACACAAUACGCUCGUCAGCUGCGAGGCCAGUCACUAAUCGUAUCGUUCAAAUGAACGGCUCACUAAAGAGAGAUGAACGAAAUGUGCGAGCUCAGAGAAAAGAGUCGUAUCGUAUAUCUCAAGCCUACGCGAUGAUACAUGCAGUGUUUGCGGAGUACGGCGUUGCCAGUUGUGUGAAGGAUUUUGUUUGUAUGUUUUUCUUCUGAAAAUUGUUAAUAAGCAAGAAAAUUAUUUUGUUAGAGGCAGUUAAUUAAUAAAUAGAUGUAUUGAUACACUUUACACUAUUAGGCACAUGAAUUUAAAAUAUUAAGGUGCAAAAUUAAUUUAUUUUAUGACUAAAAAGAAAUAAGUUCAGCAUUUUUUUAGCUCCGAAGCGAUUGCUUUUUAGACAUAGGUUAUAAUGAACUUUUUUGCUUAGAAUCAUGCAAGGAAUCACCUCUUGAAGUUAUGAAUAUUAUUUCCCUAACACCCUGUAUACAACAAUGUUAUGCGUUCUGUGAUCUACAGUUCUACACAACUAAACUAAGUACGACAAUCCUCAACAUGUUAGUUCUUUGAAGAAAACAUGAAUUUUUAAAACCACACCCACUUUCCAAUGUAUUCGGAAACCGUUCCAUGUCAUUUUGAUGUUUCUUGAGUAUUUUAGGUUAGAUAAUCAGCUUGAAUAUGAAAAUAAUUAUCUGCUGCAUAUGUUUGGUGAUAAUCAGAGAUAAACCCUUCUAGUGAUAAUUUUCUCAGGUGGGAUGAGAAAACUAUUUUUUAAGACUAUUCUAGAUGAUUGGGUUGAAGAGAAAUCUACCACUCGUAGUCAUAUUAGGUUCUACUGGAUCAGGAAAGACGAAACUAUCACUUGAGCUUGCUCAAAAAUUUGAUGGAGAAAUUGUUGGAGCUGAUUCAAUGCAGAUUUACAAAGGGCUUGAUAUAUCUACUGCCAAGGCUACUCCCCAGGAGCAAUCUGUAGCCCCUCAUCACCUGAUUGAUAUUCUUGACCCUCAUGAAACCUUCACAGUGACUCAAUACCGCAAUAAAGCCCUUAAUGUGAUUCAAGACAUACUAGAUAGAAAUAAAUUGCCAAUUGUAGUUGGAGGAACAAAUUACUACAUUGAGGCCUUGCUUUGGAAGAUACUUAUAGAUAAUGAUCAAUAUGUAAAUACUCAUGGCAUCUUACCUCACAAUGAACAUGAACUGCCAAGUGAAGUUUUGCAUCAGAAACUCAAGGAUUUGGACCCCAAAAUGGCUAUGAGAUUACAUCCUAAUAAUAAAAGAAAAAUUAUAAGAGCACUUGAAAUCAUUUACGAUAAAGGACAGAAGGUCAGUGAUAUACUAGCAGAGCAACAAUCUGCAAGAGAUGCUUCAACCUCUGGAGGUGGACUACGAUUCACUAAUGCAAUAGUAUUGUGGCUGCAGUGCGUUCAAGAUGUUUUAGAUGACAGGUUGAAUAAGCGGGUUGAUUCAAUGAUGGAACAAGGUCUUGUGAAUGAACUGUUAGAAUUCCAUCAUAAAUACAAUCAAGAGAGGCUAAAUACUAAUGUUGAUCCAGAUUAUACUAAAGGAAUAUAUCAAGCAAUAGGAUUUAAAGAGUUUCACAACUACUUAAUGUUAAGUAAUAAAGAGCAAUGUUCAUCUGAAGGAAAAUCUGAAUCAUCUAAAGCUGUUGAACAAUUGAAGCUAGUGACCAGAAGAUUUGCCAGGAAACAAAAGAGAUGGGUUAGCAAUCGAUUCCUUGGUAGGAGUGACAGACAGGUACCACCUGUUUAUGGACUUGAUACAUCAGAUGUCUCAAAAUUCGAAGAGUGUGUUACAAAAGUUGCUGAAGAAAUUGUGAGAAGUUACAUCUACAAUGAACAAUGUCCACAUGAACCUCUUCCAAAGAAAAUCAACAAAUCCGUUCCAAAUAGUUUAUGUAACACUUACACAUGUAGUACGUGUGAUAGGGUAUUUAUAGGACAACUGCAAUGGGAAGCACAUUUGAAAUCGAGCAGACACAGGAAAGUUGCUGCUAAAAAGGAAACACCUUUAUCAAAGUCAUGAUUGAGAUGAUGAUAAUUUGGAGAUAGUACAUGCACAGAAAGGUAAAUUAUGUCUUAAGGUUUUGUUACUGACAAGUUCACUGGAAUGAACUAGUUAGAAAAUCGGUACGUACGAAUACGUUCAUACUUCUGUACAGAAGGAAAUUCUGUUUUUCUUCAAAAUACAUACCAAGAUAAUAAGUAUAUCUGGACGUCACAACUAAACAGUAUUAAGUCACACUUUAUAAAUUUUACAGUAUAGCAAUCUGAAGAAUUUAGAUUGUAGAAUACGCUAUGGACGAUGUCCCAGGUAUGAUGCUAAAAUGUAUUUUGCUGGCUCCAGUCAAUGUUGGUUGAAAGGUAUCACAAGCAGUUGUGAAAAUACACCCUUUUAUUUAAAAAUUUUGAUUGAAACACAACUUGUGGACAAAAUAUUGUAUGGUUCUGAGAAUGGACAUAAUAUCUUGUGACUAAAUACCUGAAUCAGCGACUUAAUACAGUGUGGCUCUCAGUCAAUGUUGUACAUUUGAUGACAAAGUCCUGUACAGCAAUAAAGAAAUAAUUGAAAAUAGAAAAAAAUAACGUUUAUUUGGGUUCUCAUUACAUAGACUCAUUAAUACUAACUUUAAUAGUAAAAUUUAAUUAUAAUAAUGCACUCUAUGCAAAUAUUCAACCAUCUAGUCAUCUUCAUGAACUGCCUCAUGGCGAAGAUUUUUAUAAUAACCAUGGAAGCGCUGCGGCACCCAUUUCAAUAGUUUUUGCAAAUCAGUGUAUUUUUUUGUGGAAAUUGGUUUUGGAUCAUUUCUUAUGGGCAGCAGCGUGGGCAAACUGGAUGUACUGGGAUUAUUCAAUUGUCGUGUUGAUCUGCGAUUAACUCUAUGGUAGUCGAUCUGUUCGAAAUUUUCUUGACAGAAUUUUGUUUUGAAAUGCAUUACUCCAGGUGUUUCCGCCAAAAAUUUCAUGUGCACCACUUUUGAUACAAAAAAUGUUUGGUUUGUCACUGUUUAUUUCUUAAACUGAAAAAUACAUCCUUGUAGAUCAUUGAAAUUUUUGAAGUUAUCUGUUUCCAUUUCUUUUACGGCUAUAUUAGGACCACACAACCUGAUUAGCUGCUGCCAAUCCCACGGUGUACAUAUUUGGAACUGAGGUAGUGACUUGAUUUGUUUUUCAAUUCUUGCAUGUACUGUAUCUGCCUCCAUAUGGGUAUGUCCGCGCAAAAGAAACUUAUGCUCAAUGCAUUUCAAAGAAGGCUUCAUUAUAAGUAGGUAAGAAUAACACAUGAUCAUCUGCUGGUUUCUAUUUUGAGAAGGACAAUUGUCGCUCCAAAUUAUAAUCCUUUCAAUCGAAUUAGGAAGAUCUAAGAUAUAUCUCAUCAUGCAUGAAGCCAUCUCAUUACCUCCACGACCGGCCACUGACUCAUCCCAAACAAAGCAAUCUGCAGAUUUGUCUGUUGCAUCAUAAAUAGUGUAAUUAAACGUCCAUAAUUUGAGGGAGUAGAAACUUUGACAAUUUUUUAGCAAAGGUGUAGCAAGACAUUUUUGUAAAUCAACAGUUAUCAUUUUUAUACCUGGUUGAGCUCUAGCUCCCUCUUUGUCUUUUCGUUUAUACGUGUAACGGUUAUCAGCAUCCAGAAGAUGAGCUUCAUACUUCUUUUGUAAUUCAUUUCGCUCUUCCACUGAUCCAGCAUCUUUCAACUUGAUAAGAAAUUCAUCGCAUGUAUCGCAGGUGUCAUUGUCCGGUUCUUUGAAUGACAGAUUGAACUCGGUGUUAAAUAUAUCUGCGUAUAACCACUGUUUCAGGAUUUCUGCUUGACUCAAUUUCUUUUCUAUACAUUCUUCAUAAAAGCAUUGAUACAUUUUGGAGAUACUGAGAUGACUUCCCAAGUAGCGCCUCUGGCUUUUAUUCCGUGAGUAAUGAGAGUCUACACAUGGGAACUUCUGAAUGUGUUCUCUUAUGAUGUUCCUCACUUCAGGACCAAUUUUGUUUGGUGGUUCGUGUUUGCCCCUUUGGUCAGGUAUCACAACGCCGCUGCUCAGUCUUUUUGUUAAUGCAAAGCGGAUUGAUGUUUGAGAGAUGCUUAGAGUGUUGAUAAAGAAAGUACGACAGACACUAAUCUUUUUGCCGUUCACCGUGAAAAAAUAUCUCAAUGAAUAUUUGCGUUUACCAGCACGUGACCCAGUUCUAGUACGAACACGUUGCACUGGAACUUCUUCUAUGCAACCAGCAAUAAAUUGCCUUUUCUGGUCCACAAGUAGCUCACUGCUCCAAAACUGGGAAUAAAUUGAAGCUCGAUCAUCAGAUGAGAUAUUUAGAGUGCACUUCUUCUUACAAUCAACACCACAGGGUAGUUUCAUACUUUUUGCGGGAAUUACUUUCUGUUUUGCUGACACAUAUUCCUCGCCUGCUGCUUUCUUUGUUUUUCUGAUGUUGUUCUUCCAUUUUUUACAGUUUCUGGAACGUUUUCUUCCUUUUUUUUCAAUAGUAGCUGCAGAAGAUACAGAUUCAUUGGAACUACUACAUGUUUCGGUUUGGUAAUUCAAGUCUGAAUGAUACUCUGUUAGGACAGUAUUGGCAAUAGGGUGCUUACUAUCACUACUACAACUUUCCAAAGUAUCAUUUUUUUCGUAUUCUUUGUCAACAACUGGAAUAAUUUCAUCUCCUACGUUUUCAGCGACUAGCAUCGGUUCAUCAUUGUUAUCUACUGCUACUGCAAUCACUUUUACAUCACUUGGUAUGCCACCGUCCAAAGAUUCUGGUACUGCCUCUAAUUCCAUAAGAAUCUCGGUCUCCUCAUCACAUUGCAACUGCCCUGAAAAGAUGAAUGCAAACAUUACAAUCGUUACAAUAGAAGACGCCAAGUAGAAGCUAUUUCUUCAUUUUUAUUAAACUUGAAAUCGUGCAUAGCCAGUGCCAUUUAUUAUUGUUAGCAGAUUCUUUGAGAACCAGUUCUGUUUUCGAUAGCUAAUUUUACUUACAACUAUGAACAGGUUCAUCUAAAGGCAAUAACUGAUUGAUUUCAGAAAUAUACUUACCGUCAUAUACAUUCGAUAAUGAGGUUAUGUCAUCUUCUUCAGGGGCCCAUUCGUCAGGUUUCCGUGACUGUAUCAUUUCCACAAGUUUUUUGCCUCUAGAUGUCAUAAUGGCAAUGAUAAGAAUCCAAAAUUUGAUAAUCUACUGAUGCUUCUAGCUAAUUUUAUAUUAAAUAUGCUACCUCUCACUGUAUGGACAUAAUAUAAACUAGUGCUGUUAGCGGAGACGGGGCAACUGUAGGAGUAACCGGAGAUCGCGGAGCUGGCACCGAACGGUGAUAUCCGGUACUACUGUAGGAGGUGGGGAGAAUCCGGAGGGAUACGGAGGUAGGGAGUUAGGGCGAUCUCCGGAGGGGAACGAGGCGACUGGUGAUACGGAGUCUAGUGGUGUUAACGGAGAGAAGUUAUGGGUGUGUGUGUGUGUGUGUGUGUAUGUGUCGCGAAUCUGCCAUUUGGCCAAUUUGAAACUUUUAAAUGGAUCCUAGAAAAUCGUCCCAAGCGUGGCUCCAUUUUGAGCGAAUAGAUGAUAAGCCGGACUCGGCAAAGUGUAAAAUUUGCGGAAAUGUUUCCAAAAGGGGUGGCGGUACAAAGAACUUGUUAGAUCAUCUGCAAAGAUUUCAUUGCGUGGUGCUGGAAAAUGGAGCCAUCGCAACACGUGCUGAUGGGGGCCCAGGUUUUUAUGAGGAGAACAGCCCAAAACGGAAGGCCCUCGACCGUCAUUUCCUAAGAAUGUUUGCCAUGGACUAUCAGCCGUUUCGUGUUGUGGAAGAUGAUGGAUUCGUUCAAUUUGUGAAGGCCCUUGACCCACGGUACAAAUUACCAUGUAGACAAACGAUAUCUAAUGUAAGUAUACAGUGUAUGUGUGCAGGUUGUCCUAAGUUUACCGACUUACUACGGUAGUACAAAUAUAGUCAUGAAUUUUAGUAAAUUCCCUUUUUAUGUUGCUACUGUUACAGAAAUUGCUUCCUGGGCUUUACGAAGAGGUAAAAGAAGCCAUAAAAAGGAAUCUAGCGGAAGCAAAGCACGUGGCGCUAACUAUAGAUGCCUGGACUUCCAUAAGUCAAGACCCCUACUUGGCGGUAACCGCUCAUUACGUCAGAGAGGAUAAGUUGAAAGCCGCUUGCCUGGAUUGUGUUGUUCUGCCAGGCAGACACAGUGCAGAAAAUAUCAAGAAAAAGUUCUUGAAGUAAUGAAUGAGUGGCGACUUGUCAACAAGGUGACAGCAGUUGUGACUGACAACGGCGCCAAUGUUGUUGCUGCCCUUAAAUUAUUAAAAUUGCGACACCUACCUUGCGCAGCGCACACGCUCAAUUUAGUGGUCCAUGACGGCGUUACCCAAUCUUACGAUGUGGAAAAUCUUUUUGAGCGCUGUGCUGCCAUUGUCACUUUUUUCAAACACAGUAACCUGGCAACAUAUAAGUUGAAGUCCAAGCGCUCUGCCGCCAAUAAAAGUUGCUUAGGGGUAGUGCAGCAGGUAGACACGCGCUGGAACAGUAAGCUUGCGAUGAUACGUCGUCUCAUUGAACUCCGCGAGGAGCUAAUUUUAUGCAUGUCUGAAUUGCCAAACGCGCCGCAAGGUUUAAACGGUAAGUUGUAUAUAAUUUUUUCCUUUAAAUAAAAGAUGGAAUACUUGUUCAUCUUGCUUGGUCCAACUACGAUUACCUCUUUAUUGUUAUUAUAGGAGAUGACUGGCAGAUUUGGUCCAGCUGGAUUCAAUAUUACGUCCAUUUGAAGAGAUGACGAGGACGUUGUCUGGUGAGAAUUAUGUCACGGCUUCUCUCAUUAUUCCUCUUACCAAGGGGUUGAUCCGAAUGCUGGACGAUAUCGACCGGUCUGCUCUCAAAUAUGAGGUUCAGGAGUUUCUUGACAAUAUUAAGCAAUCGGCGAUUGAUAGAUUGCUGCAAUAUGAGCAACGCAGCGUUGCAAAAGGUGCAACUCUCAUGAACCCCCACUUUAAAAAGAAAGGGUUUGUAUCUGAAAAUCGGGCAGAGGAUGCACGAAUUCAAAUAGAGGCCGAAGUCAAGACAGAGGUUCAGAGGAUGCCACCACCGACACAACAAGGAGGAAACCUUACCCCGGCUCCAUAUGCCGGCGUUCUGUCUUACCUAAAUGAUCAAGGCGAGAGACAUUCAACGGCCAGCACUUGCACUGUGGACGCAACUAUUCUCGUUAGACAAUAUGUGGAAGUGCAGCCAAUCAACAAUCAAAGAGACCCGAUAAAGUAUUGGUCUAACGUUGACGUUCAGUGUAAACCCCUUGCUCAGGUGGCAUCAUAUUAUAUGUGUGUGCCAGCCACUUCAGUUCCAUCAGAACGUCUCUUUUCAAAGGCCGGUUACGUUAUUAACGAGCGACGAAAUUCGCUAUCGCCGGCAAAGGCAAAAAUGCUAGUGUUUUUACAUGGUAACAGAGCAUUUGUUUAAAAUGAAUAUUUUCUCCCUGUUACAGUAACACCUCCAUAUCUGUUUGUACGGUGGUAUAGUGAUGUUUACUUUGUAUUUUGGGG